AUGAGAGCCAGUGAUCAGCCGAAGAUCCGUGUACUGUCCAGCCCCAUGUUCAAACAUGAUGUUCAUUUGCAACUGAGUGCUCGUGGUUUGUAUUUGUUGGAUGUGAAUGAGCUGCUGAAAGCACAGAAGGGGCCCAGUGACAGUUUGAGCAGCCGUUUCGAUCGAAUCAUGGCCAAGGCGUCCGACGACACCCUGGAACAGUUUCAACAGCUGACAACUCAGGAGAUGGGAGAAGCCAAGAUCACGUUUGGAAAAGCCCACAUGGGGCGAACCUAUAUGGAAAUGUGGUUGGAGGAGCCAAAUUGGGUCAAGUGGUUCAUCAGGACCUACUCAGACAGCCAGAAGAUAGAACAUCGAAAGUUCCUGAUGUUUUCCGAGAAGAUGAUCUCAGCUCACGAACAGGAGCACCACCUGCCACCGAUGGAAUCCAUGACGCAGGGAGUUGUCCUGCCACGCUGCAAGGGACAACCAAAAGCCAAGGCAUCAGCCUCAGUGGCUCCCUUCGUGUCCAUGGAGACCAGCUCCAACAUCGGGACCGAACAGUGGGAUGUGAUGGAUCCAGAAGACCUUCUGAUCCACAAUGCGAGGGGACUCCAAGAAGAUCAUCACCAGGAGAGCAUCGAAGCCCUGCAAGCCAGAAUGAUGCACGUGGAGAAUGCCUUGGUGGAGAUCUUGCAGCACGUCCGACCGUCCAACAACUGUAUGGAUAUGAACAAGGUGAUCUUUCCACAAAAGAGGGCAGAGCAGGUUUUGACAAAAGUCAAAUGUCAGCGUAGCAAGCCCAUGGGAAUCUCUGAAGCUUUUGCAACCGAUGCCAAAAGAGCCACCAGUGCAUCCCUGGCACCUGCGACUAAGCGAGCGAAACUGACACCUGUCAGUCCACUGAUUGAACCCAGUGAGAUGCCGGCAAAGAAGCGUCGCCUCCAUGAGAAGACCACCGACAAUGUAGUAUCGGAACCCAGUGGUGCAGCCCAAUCUCCAGCACCGGAUGUGCCAGCCAGUGAACCUUCAAGCGCACCAGCCCUUGAUAGUCAGCUGCAGCCACAGAGUGUCGAAACACCCGAAAGCACCAAGGAAAGAUUCACCACCGGAUGGCUCAAUUGGGCUGGUCCUCCCAACUCAGUCAUCAUGGAUUCAGCAUCCGAAUUUGUGUCGCAAGCGUUUGAAGAGUUUCUUCAAAGCCUAAAUGUGCAAUGCACCGUGGUCCCUCCAGAUGCCCACUGGCAGAUGGGUCGUAUUGAGCGUUCCAUUGUUGGAGACGACACUUUGCCAGCUCAUGCCAUCGCAACCAACGAUGACAGCCAGGGCAUUAGGUUUAGGAAAGUGCUUGCAAUGCGAGAGACUGCACGGAGGGCAUUUCAUGCAGCUGACAAUGACAUGGCGAUCCGUCGAGCAGCACUAAGACGAGAUCGUCCCCAUAGAGGACUUCCAUUUUAUGGCUUCACUUUUGGCUGUUGCCAGCCUGUCACCUCGACUUCGCAGAUGAGGCGCGCCAGGCCCAGGUGCAUCCUGACCACCUUUUCCCAGCUCCGUGUUCUCGGCUGCGCCAUGGCUGCGUCGAACUUGUCGCGUUCGGCCGAGGAUCGCAAUGAUCGCGCUGCGCUGCUGGCACCGGACCUGGAGCGAAAGGCGGAGGAGUUGAAACAUCAGCUGCAGACCACCGUGCAGUCGGAAAUCAACUUGCUCCGCAAGCUCAUGGCCAGCAAGAAGAUGGAUGCCGAAAACUUCCGUGCACGCACGCAAGGAAGUUGGGAGAUGAUUGGAGUGGUUUCGGCCCUCUUUCUGACCAUGGAUCGCUACAACGAACUCCUUCACUGCGAUGAGGAAAGCCUGGUGGGAGGUGUGCCCUUCUGUGAGCAGAUCCAUCCCUUCCUGGCAGGCACAGCCACGCUCUUUGCGGCCUGCUCGGUUGUCAUGUCUAUGAUUUUGUACAUUCAGAUGACCUUUGUGCCAGAUGAAUUUUUGGGAGACUGGAUGAGCAAUCUCGCUUGGUCCGUGGAAAUUCCCAACCGUUGCUUCAUUUUGAGCGUGAGUUCAUGGGCCUUGGAUCUCUUGUGGCAAGGAGUGAUACACCAUGGGACCUUCGGGCUCGCCUUCUCCGUCCUAGUCUUGGUGCCUGCCUUGUUGAUCGUCUUGUUCUACCUCGGGACCAAAAACUUGACCAACAACUACCUGAUGAUGGCGGCUGCGGCUGCUGAGCAAGAAUUACACUGAGAGAACCUCAACUGGAGGGGGAACCUGCUGCAACUUAGCGGGGAAAAACAAGAAAUCACCAAGACUUACAACAACUUGGCAUUUCUUUAUCUUUAGAUAUCUUUAGUAUCUUUAGUGAUGACUUCAGAAUCUUCAGCCAUGUCCAGCCACUGCUGCACAAAGUGCGACAGGAGGCGCAUCAGUUGUCAUCAAUGGAUGCAAUAGAUGUUGAUCUGAAGCUGCGAUGCCCGUGACAGCCUUCUUUUCCUCUCGAAGGGAGGUCAGAGGCUAUCAUGUUCAUCAACCAUCGCAAUGCCAUCUGAGAAGGAAGCCGGCAGAUAUCUGGGGCUGGGCUGGUGACGUUUGGUGGAUCUUAGUGCUUUUGGCCACAGGGGUGAACAAAAACUCAUUCCCACGGCGGACUUCAAAA